CGGCGGCGGGCAUCACUCCUCGCACGCAUGCUAAAGUCGAGUUUUAGAUUUUCUCUCUCUCGCUCGCUCGUGUUCCCCAGUUUCCCGGUGCGUACGUACAUGCGUGCGAGUGUGCGUGUGUUGUAAAAGUGCUCCUGCCGUGUGCAUGUGUGGGUAUCACAUACGCACGUGUAUCCAGCAUUAAAGUUAUUCAGGAAAGUAGACGUCUUAUUUACAAUAUCUACACGCGCACACGUACACUACCGAGCAACGACUCUACUUUACCUGAGUUACCGGAGAGGUAACUUUCACCCCGCGCUGGCUUUUGCGCGCAAAUCUCUCGCUCGACUAAUAGUCCGGCGACGUUUACGUGCGAGCACAGAGAGAGCCAAGUGUCAACGACUGUACCUCGCAGCAGCAUCGACUUUUAUAUUCGUCAUAUUGACAAGUGAUUUUCCUCGACUAUCUUUCGUAUAACGUAGAUAUGAUCCCUACGGAACAAUCAUCCAACAACAAAAUGAGAAGAGGACUAAAAAUUGCCAUAAUCGGCCAGAGCAACUUCGCGGCCGACGUUUACAAAUUACUGAAAGCCGACGGGCACGAGAUCAGCGGCGUCUUCACCAUACCCGACAAAAAUAACCGCGAGGAUGCGCUAGCUCUCGCCGCGAAAGCCGACGGCACGCCCUGCUUCAAAAUCAAAGCCUGGCGCAGCAAGGGCGUCAUGCUGCCCGAGGUGUUCGACCUCUACCGCAGCAUCGAGGUCGAUCUCAAUGUGCUGCCCUUUUGCACUCAGUUCAUACCGAUGGAUGUGAUAAAUUAUCCCGUGCAUAAGAGCAUAUGCUAUCAUCCGUCAAUACUGCCGAGACAUCGCGGUGCUAGCGCUAUCAGCUGGACUCUGAUCGAGGGCGACGAGACGGCCGGCUUCACGAUCUUCUGGGCCGACGACGGCCUCGACACCGGCCCGAUCCUCCUGCAACGCAAGUGCAGCGUCCAGCCGAACGACACACUGGACUCGCUCUACAACAGGUUCAUGUAUCCCGAGGGCGUGAGAGCCAUGGCCGAGGCCGUGAAUCUCGUGGCCGAGGACAAUGCCCCGAUGAUCGAGCAGCCCGAGGAAGGCGCCACGUACGACGCCAUGCUCAACAAGAAGGAGCUGCAGCGGCUCGUGUGGUCCGGAAAGACGGCCAAGCAGGCGCACGACUUUGUGCGAGCGCUCGACUCUACGCCCGGCGCCUGGACUUUGAUCGACGGACAGGAGGCGAGGCUCUACAAAAGCACACUCUGGACCGGAAAGAUUCCAAGCGAAGUCAGCCAAGUCAACGUCGACGGUCGGGAGGGCUUGGUUCACGAUUCCGGAUUAAUGAUCCAGGCCGAGGAUGGCAACUGGCUAAACAUCGAAGUGAUAAAACUCGGAACGAGGACCAUCAGCGCUUCCAAGUUCGGUCGAGCAGAGACGAACGGCGUCCACGUGGAGUUUAGCCCGGAGGAAAAGACAUCGGUCGAAAAAAUACGCGCCAUCUGGGAAAGCAUCUUGAAAGUGGGCGUCGAUGACAAUCUUGACUUUUUCAUGGCAGGCGCUGGCAGUAUGGACGUAGUCCGGAUGAUCGAGGAACUGAAAGAGAGCCUCAACGUCGAGCUGCAAAACACGGACGUGUUUAUGGCCCCGGUAUUCGAAGAGUUCGUCGUCAAGGCCGUACUCGCGAUGCGCGGCGCCUCCCAGAGCCAGCAGAUCAGCUACGAGGCCGUGGAGAUGAAGGCCAACAAUCUCGAGCUCAAGUUCCCCAAGCAGCUGUUCGUCGAUGGCAAAUUCGUCAACGGACGCGCCAAGCCGAUCCCGAGCGUGAAUCCGCACGACGAGAGCGUCAUCUGCCAGGUGGAGUCGGCCUCGGUCGAGGACGUCGACGACGCCGUCCAGGCGGCCAAGAGGGCCUUCGAGACCGGCGAGUGGAGCAAAAUCAGCGCCCGGGAACGAGGACGUUUGAUGUUCAAGCUGGCCGACCUGAUGGAGGAGCACAAGGAGGAGCUGGCCACCCUGGAGAGUCUCGACUCCGGCGCCGUGUACACACUAGCGCUCAAGACCCACGUGGGCAUGUCGAUCGAGACUUGGCGCUACUUCGCCGGCUGGUGCGACAAGAUCCAGGGCGCCGUGGUGCCCAUCAGCCACGCCCGACCCAACCGCAAUCUCACCAUCACCCGCAAGGAGCCGAUCGGCGUGUGCGGCCUCGUCACGCCCUGGAACUAUCCUCUCAUGAUGCUGUCCUGGAAAAUGGCCGCCUGCCUCGCGGCCGGCAACACCGUGGUCAUGAAGCCCGCGCAAACCUCGCCACUGACGGCCCUCAAAUUCGCCGAGCUCGCCGCCAGAGCCGGUAUUCCUCCGGGAGUCAUCAACAUCGUUCCCGGAAGCGGCCGCGUGGCCGGCGAGGCCAUCGUCAAGCACCCGCAAGUGCGAAAGUUGGGCUUCACGGGAUCGACGGAAAUCGGCCAGACGAUAAUGAAGGACUGCGCCGAGAGCAACAUGAAGAAAGUCUCCCUGGAGCUGGGCGGCAAGAGUCCCUUCGUCAUAUUCGAGGACGCCGACAUGCAGCAAGCCGUCAGAUUGGCCAUGAGCAGCGUGUUUUUCAACAAGGGCGAAAACUGCAUCGCCGCGGGUCGAAUAUUUGUGGAGGAGCGCAUCUACGAUGAGUUUCUGGAGCGCGUGGUGGCCGAGACGAAGAAGAUCGCGAUAGGCGACCCGCUGAACCGAGGCACGUCGCACGGGCCCCAGAAUCACAAGGCCCACCUGGACAAGCUCGUCGAGUUCGUCGAGAUCGGCAAGAGGGAGGGAGCCCGCCUGAUCCAGGGCGGCAAGCGGCUGCCCGUGCCCGGCUACUACUUCGAGCCGACCGUGUUCGCCGACGUCGAGGACGGCAGCUUCCUGGCCACCGAGGAGUCCUUCGGCCCGAUCAUGAUCGUGUCGCCGUUCAGCUCCAAGGACGAGGACAAGCUGAUAGCCCGGGCCAACGCCACGGAGUACGGCCUGGCCUCCGGAGUCCUGACCAAGGACAUCGGUCGAGCGCUUCGAUUCGCCGAGAAGAUCGACGCCGGCACGGUCUUCGUCAACACGUACAACAAGACCGACGUGGCCGCUCCAUUCGGCGGCUUCAAGAGAUCCGGAUUCGGCAAGGAUCUGGGCCAGGAGGCGCUCAACGAGUACCUCAGGACCAAGACCAUCACCGUCGAGUACUGAUUUGCCACUACGAUGUACCAUAUUGACUUUGUUGCAAUUCUCGUCGUUGUUGAAUUGUGCUUCAUUCUCCUAGACUGUUAAAUAUAUCUCAACCUAUUACCUCUUUUUUUCAUUUCAAAUUGAUCUCCAUGAAGCAUUUUAUUAAAUUUACGUACAAUUAAUGAAACAAAUAAA